UCUGAAUGUAUUUAGCAAAUUUACUCUUAUUUUAACAGAAACACUUCAUCCUCUACCCUCCUCUAUCCAGUCAACAUCAUCAAAUAUUCGUUCAUCCUCCUCAAAUUCAAUGUUGGGAACUCUUUUAGCAGCCCCCAAUAAACUUCAAAUAUCUCCAACAGUUCCCGCUUCCAGAACAGAAUUUUUUAGUGGAUUAACAGCUUUUCAGCGAAGCGAAGUAAAAAUAAUUGAGAAAGAACAACAAGUAAAAAAAGCUUCAACAUCGUCUUCGAGUGACAGUGAACACUCGGUAGUCAGUCAACCUUCCCCUAAUUCUAUGCAUUCUUUACGUUCACAUAUAUCUCAACAUUCCACCACCUCGUCAACAUUUCCUGGCACAAGUUCAACAACUAUUGGAGGAGAUAGUGACCGAACAAGACGAGGCGGUAGCUUUUCGCCUUCUGGAAAUUCUGGUUUUUCUGGUGACGAUACAUUAGCGGAACCUCUUCAACCUUCUUAUCAGGCCAAUUUAUUGAGUAACAAUUUAAAAGAAAAUUUUUUGAGAAAUGGAGACAAUUUGCUGUUGAAUGAUGGAGGGAAUGAUUGUAAUAUUAAUUGUGAAAUGGAAGGGAGUGUUGCUUCCCUUAGAGUAAAACUAAAAAAUAAUGAAGAACUGGAACGAGUUAAGAGAAUAUUUUUGGGCCUCAUUAUGAGAUACCCUCUAAGAUUCUUUUCGGUCAUGGGCAGAAAGUUUUUAACAAGUUAUCCCCCCCCCCAUUUUCCCCAUAGUUUCUCAAAAAGAUUAUUUUCAUAUUAA